GGGAAAAGGAAAGCAUACCGGUAGCUAAGCGCCGUCGUUAAUAGCUCAGCACUGACUCCUAGCUCUUAUGGAAAUUUAGUAGUUCCCACGAACACUUUCUUAAGGCAUGCUUCUAUCAGUUUUUAUCAUUCGGGAAAUCCUUUUAUGCUCUAAGAAUGUUACUGCUAGGAUAAAGUUGUUUGACCAUGAGGUCUACCCUAAGGAGUGGCUGGAACACACGAAAAUGGUGGCUGAUUUGUGUAACAGCACUACUAUGUGUUCUUAUACCCAACUGCGCUGGCAGCGGAGGCGCAAACAGCGCGGUGUGGCUACGCAGCGGCGCAAUUACUCUGAGGAGCCCCGACCCUCUACCAACGGACGGCUCAUCAACUGAACGGAGUCUGCACAUCCUCAAGCACCCAACAGGCGCCGGCCAUGUGCUGAGUGGGGACCUAACCUCCCAGGGUGGUAGCGUGGUGUCGUAUGUAUCGGAUGAUACAUUGUUGGUUUUUGCAACACCCUCAACCGUCAAAGCUGUUAUGGAGCGGCAUAGUGCUUUAACGGCGGAGUACACGGGCGAAUCAAAGCUUGCACCCGAGCUGUCUUCGUUCAUAAAAGCAUCUAGUGCAGCCACGAGGCGCCGCCGAUUGAAUCAGCGCCACAGGAGCACGCUUCAGAGCGACAACACGCAAGAGAGCAGCAACAGCCACAGCAGCAGCAGCGACAUGGACGGCAGCAGCGACAGCCGCAUGGGGGGCAUGGAGCCCGAAGGCACCAGUACGGCACAACUUGGCGAUGCCGGGGAUGAGGAGCAGCAGCUGCUGCUACAUGCAAAAGGGGCCUUGCAGCACAUGCAGACCUGGAGCAUGCACCGGCAGGGCCAGUACCCAUGGCUACGGGCCAACCAUAGCGGUGGUGCGCGCGCUGCUGCACCUGGGGCGGCGGCUGCAGCCUGGGAUGAAAAGUGGCAAUCCAACGUGACCGCUUCGGACCAAAGCGGUUUGAGUCAUGGGACGGCUGCAGCUGCAGCGGAUCUGGCUGCAGCCGGCCAUCAUCUGCGUAGGGGGCUCGCUUCUGAUGCAGCAUCCCAACCCGAGCUUUAUGCUGUCCAGGCUCACAUGGUUCCUGACUUGGGCGAUGAGGUGCUGGCAGCUGCGUACGACACAUGGCCCGCGGCGCUGGCAUCCGUGCUUGGUCGUACGAGUGAUGUAGAUCCGUGCUGGCCUCAGGCCUUGGAUUAUGCAUUGUACGAGGCAAGCGCUGGAUGGAUGCAGGUGUACCUGUGCCAGGAGGACCUCCAGGACGGGUCAUUGUGGCUAGCAAACCAGCCAACCGUAAUUUGGGUCUCACCCAUGAUCAAGACAGCGUUCAUGAAUGUGAAUGCUGGCUGGAUUACUCAAACAGGCAACCUUACACUUGAUCAGCAAGCCACGACAGCUACUGCUCUGCUGGGCGUGAUGCGCCCAUACUGGAAGGCUGGUCUCCAGGGCGAGGAUAUCAUAAUUGGGGUUGGUGACACGGGUGUGGAUGUCGGGCACUGUUACUUUUUGGAUGACAAGUACAGCCCCUCCGCGCUCAAGGCCCUGCUCAACAGAAGCGCCACCACGGAACUCUACCGCUGGUCCCUGCCCGACCACAGAAAGCUCGCGCAAUACGCAGUUGCAGGCGACACUAGCUUCUUUGGGGAUGAAAUUCCCCAUGGCGGCAACGGGCACGGCACCCACGUGUGCGGCAGUAUUGGGGGGGCCAUCUUGAAUGCCACCUUUGACAGCGGCUACUCCAUUGACAAGGCCACGGGAGCAGCCCCGCUUGCCAAAAUCAGCAUGGUGGACUUCUCGUCAUGGAGUGCAGGACCGACUAUUCCGCAACCGGUAGACACUGUCAUGUUGCAGUUCCACUACUCUGGAGGAGCACGCAUAACGUCGGACGGUUGGGGCGAAGUGGGAUCGAGCGGGACUGCAUACGACUCGUUGGCUCGGGGGUACGACUUCUUUGCUUGGAGGAAUCCGGAGGUGCUAAGCGUGGUGGCCGCCUCUAAUUUUGGAGCGAACGGUAUGAUGCCGACCAUCACCUCGCCAGGAGUUGCAAAGAAUGUCUUGACCGUGGGAGCUACCUUCAAUUUUCCAACGGACGGCAACUUGAGUUACUCACAGACGGCGUUUCAAUUUAAGUACCGAGACAAGGACUCAACCCCACAAGGAUACGCCUUCUGGCCGUUGGGUGGAUCAGGCGAGCCAGCCUGGGCAUUGCUUCUAACAGGAAAGGAGUACUGGGUUGUGCUGUCGGAGCCACGAGGAGCCUGCAGUGCUCUUAACAGCACCAGCACCAGCUAUGCAGACGCCAUCGUUAUAAUCGACCUUAACGAUGCGACCUGGUGCAGCUACGAGACACGGUUCACGCAUGCGUCUAAUGCCGGGGCCGCAGCCAUCCUGCUUGUAAGACCCGACGGUGGCUUCAGUGACGAGGGUCUGCCUGGCUGGUCUUCAGGCAACACAACGAUGCCAGCUAUUACAUAUGGAGUCCUUACAAAGGCUUACGGUGAAUGGAUUAUAAGCGUCCUGGCCAAUUCUUCAAACACAGAGGCUCUGAUGACGUUAACCAAGACUCCGCUUACGUACGGUAUCGACACCGUCGACUAUUACUCGGGCCAUGGUCCCUUGUCGGAUGGCCGAUGGAAACCAGACAUUGUAGCCCCGGGGUCGUAUGUUCAGUCGGCAGCAGCGACGGGGACUUGGGACUUUGAGCCUAACGGCACAUGCUCAUGGUAUACCAGGGAGUUAUCAGGCACAUCCAUGGUCACAGCAACGGUAUCCGGACACCUGGCUUUAAUGCGGCAGUACUUCAGAGAUGGUUUCUACCCAGCUGGAGACAAGACAGCUGUCGACGCGGCCAGCUUCGAGCCAUCUGGGAUGCUUCUUAAGGCAACUGCCAUUGCAGGAGCAAGGUCUUUGGAGGGAGGCUACUCCAGGCAAGCCGGGGCAACAUUGAAAGCGCCUCCGGAUGGAUACCAGGGCUGGGGUCGUCUGGACCUGAGCGGUGCGCUGCCGCUGCCCGGCCUGACGUCCUCCAACUUGCGGCUCCAAGUGGCCGACAUGGGCAGCAUCAAGCAGGGGGACGUCAUCUACCUCAAGGGCUUGCGGGCUACUGGAACGGGACCCAUCAUUGCGGCGCUUGUGUGGUACGACUACCCUGCAUCCCUGAUGGCGACAAAGGCGUUGGUUAACGAUGUCGACCUCGGCUAUAUGGUUAAUGAGGAAGCUGUUGCAACUACCCGCGAUGAUCACGUCAACAACGUGGAACGAGUGGAGCUGCGGGACCUGCAGCCCGGCGACAAUAUCACGUUUGUGGUCGCCGGAACAAGCAUUGUGCACCACACCCAGUUCACAGGCGCUGACGCCCAACUACCACAACGCUGGGCGGUUGCAGUCGUAGGCCACUUCAUCGGAACGUUGAUGACGCAGCUAAACCCGGCUUACGUGCGCCCACAGCGCCUGGCAUAUGCGCAGCAGAAUCCGCCAGCAGCACAGAUUGGAUUGCCUGGAAGCGCAUGUGUUACCAUUCAGGACGAGGUGGUGAUUGGUUCCUUGAGCUGCGCGCUUCGGAGCGCCAACACCUUCACUUUCUCAGAAGAGAUAGGCAGCAAUGCCACCGGCGGCGGUUACGUCUACGUGUUGAAGGACUAUCUGGGCCGGUGCCUCACACAGAGCGGGACCUCCUUGCUGCUGGCGACGUGCAACACGAGCAGCACCAGCCAGAGAAUGGCGUUCUUCAAAAACCCAUACUCCUCCUUCGGGACUACAUACCAGCUCGUUCCUGUACCACUUCUUGGUACUGCCAGUGACGACCGGCGUUGCUUGGCGGUGCCAGCAGUUGCCAACACUCUUACACUUACUGUCUGCAACCCAGACGAUGAAAGCCAGGCUGUCUCCCUCUAUGCGACCGCCUCUCUAGAGCAUCAAGCGCUGGACACAACAUCGGAGCCAAGCCCACCGUCCCCGUCUCCCAGCCCACUUCCUCCUCAACCAUCACCGCUUCCGCUUCCUAAUCCAGAGCCGCCGUCACCGUUCCCACCCACUCUACCUCCAAGCCCGCCUUCUCCCCUGCCUCCUCCGAGCCCCGCGCUGCCGUCACCUUCCCCAACGCCUCCGCCCCCAAGCCCGCCCUCACCCCAGCCGCCAAGCCCUCCAACUCCGCCGUCCGUAGGCGGCAUGCCUUGGCUCCGCCUGUACACCCAGUGGGCCGUGAAUGGAGCUAACAGCACCAACGAUUUGGACAUCUUCGUCGCAUGGACCUACAAUGCCACGGACUACAUCAUCACUUACAACGUUUCUAAAGUGCGCGGCGGCUUGUAUCAAGGAGAUAACACCGCUGCUGUUCCCAAGACGAAUUACGAAAGCGUUGCUUGGACCAAUGUGUCCCGUCCGCCUGACAAAGCCGAAUACCGAGUGUGCGUCAAAUGGUACGAUAGCGGACCUACCUACAACAUAACGUUUCUGGCCUACAUGAAUGGCAUCUUAAUGCAAACGGUUACUGCUGGAUGGAAAAGCACCCUCGUCUUCAAUUGGAACUGCACCUCUGCCUCUAUUGGGUACGUUGGCAGCUACUUCUACCCUCCCGGCAGCCCGCCGCCCCCAUUACCCCCAUCGCCUCCGUCACCACCGCCCUCGCCACCUCUACCACCCUCGCCGCCACCACUACCACCUCCGGACCCCAGACCGCCAUCCCCCAGACCCCCAGAACCGAAGCCACCACCCUCGCCGCCACCAAGCCCAAUGCCACCAUCACCACUUCCACCAAGUCCCAGUCCACCAUCUCCUCCUCCACCAUUUCCUAGCCCGCCUUCUCCGCCACCUAGCCCGGAGCCUCCAUCACCCAGCCCACCUUCUCCGCCACCUAGCCCGGAGCCUCCAUCACCCAGCCCGCCUUCUUCGCCACCUAGCCCGGAGCCUCCAUCACCCAGCCCGCCGUCUCCGCAACCUAGCCCUGCGCCUCCAUCACCCAGCCCGCCAUCUCCACCACCUAGCCCGGAGCCACCAUCACCCAGCCCGCCUUCUCCAACACCUAGCCCGGAGCCUCCGUCUCCCAGCCCGCUAUCCCCACCACCUAGCCCGGAGCCACCAUCACCCAGCCCGCCUUCUCCACCACCUAGCCCGGAGCCACCAUCACCCAGCCCGCCUUCUCCACCACCUAGCCCGGAGCCUCCAUCACCCAGCCCGCCUUCUCCGCCAUCUAGCCCGGAGCCUCCAUCACCCAGCCCGCCUUCUCCGCCACCUAGCCCGGAGCCUCCAUCACCCAGCCCGCCUUCUCCGCCACCUAGCCCGGAGCCUCCAUCACCUAGCCCGCCUUCUCCAACACCUAGCCCGGAGCCUCCGUCUCCCAGCCCGCUAUCCCCACCACCUAGCCCGGAGCCUCCAUCACCCAGCCCGCCAUCUCCACCACCUAGCCCGGAGCCUCCAUCACCCAGCCCGCCAUCUCCACCACCUAGCCCGGAGCCUCCAUCACCCAGCCCGCCAUCUCCACCACCUAGCCCGGAGCCUCCAUCACCCAGCCCGCCAUCUCCACCACCUAGCCCGGAGCCACCAUCACCCAGCCCGCCUUCUCCAACACCUAGCCCGGAGCCUCCGUCUCCCAGCCCGCUAUCCCCACCACCUAGCCCGGAGCCACCAUCACCCAGCCCGCCUUCUCCACCACCUAGCCCGGAGCCACCAUCACCCAGCCCGCCUUCUCCACCACCUAGCCCGGAGCCUCCAUCACCCAGCCCGCCUUCUCCGCCACCUAGCCCGGAGCCUCCAUCACCCAGCCCGCCUUCUCCGCCACCUAGCCCGGAGCCUCCAUCACCUAGCCCGCCUUCUCCAACACCUAGCCCGGAGCCUCCGUCUCCCAGCCCGCUAUCCCCACCACCUAGCCCGGAGCCUCCAUCACCCAGCCCGCCAUCUCCACCACCUAGCCCGGAGCCACCAUCACCCAGCCCGCCUUCUCCACCACCUAGCCCGGAGCCUCCGUCACCUAGCCUGCCAUCUCCACCUCCUAGCCCGGAGCCUCCAUCACCCAGCCCGCCAUCUCCACCACCUAGCCCGGAGCCUCCAUCACCCAGCCCGCCAUCUCCACCACCUAGCCCGGAGCCUUCAUCACCCAGCCCGCCAUCUCCACCACCUAGCCCGGAGCCACCAUCACCCAGCCCGCCUUCUCCACCACCUAGCCCGGAGCCUCCAUCACCCAGCCCGCCAUCUCCACCUCCUAGCCCGGAGCCUCCGUCACCCACCCCGCCGUCUCCGCCACCUAGCCCGGAGCCUCCAUCACCCAGCCCGCCUUCUCCGCCACCUAGCCCGGCGCCUCCAUCACCCAGCCCGCCAUCGCCACCACCUAGCCCGGAGCCUCCAUCGCCCAGCCCGCCAUCUCCGCCACCUAGCCCGGAGCCUCCAUCACCCAGCCCACCUUCUCCGGCACCUAGCCCGGAGCCUCCGUCUCCCACCCCGCCUUCUCCGCCACCUAGCCCGGCGCCUCCGUCACCCAGCCCGCUAUCCCCACCAUCUAGCCCGGAGCCUCAAUCACCCAGCCUGCCUUCUCCGCCACCUAGCCCGGCGCCUCCAUCACCCAGCCCGCCUUCUCCGCCACCUAGCCCGGAGCCUCCAUCACCCAGCCCGCCUUCUCCGCCACCUAGCCCGGCGCCUCCAUCACCCAGCCCACCUUCUCCGCCACCUAGCCCGGCGCCUCCGUCUCCCACCCCGCCGUCUUCGCCACCUAGCCCGGCGCCUCCAUCACCCAGCCCGCCUUCUCCGCCACCUAGCCCGGAGCCUCCGUCUCCCACCCCGCCUUCUCCGCCACCUAGCCCGGCGCCUCCAUCACCCAGCCCGCCUUCUCCGCCACCUAGCCCGGAGCCUCCAUCACCCAGCCCGCCUUCUUCGCCACCUAGCCCGGAGCCUCCAUCACCCAGACCGCCGUCUCCGCAACCUAGCCCUGCGCCUCCAUCUCCCACCCCGCCUUCUCCGCCACCUAGCCCGGCGCCUCCAUCACCCAGCCCGCCUUCUCCGCCACCUAGCCCGGCGCCUCCAUCACCCAGCCCGCCAUCGCCACCACCUAGCCCGGAGCCUCCAUCGCCCAGCCCGCCAUCUCCGCCACCUAGCCCGGAGCCUCCAUCACCCAGCCCACCUUCUCCGGCACCUAGCCCGGAGCCUCCGUCUCCCACCCCGCCUUCUCCGCCACCUAGCCCGGCGCCUCCGUCACCCAGCCCGCUAUCCCCACCAUCUAGCCCGAAGCCUCAAUCACCCAACCUGCCUUCUCCGCCACCUACCCCGGCGCCUCCAUCACCCAGCCCGCCUUCUCCGCCACCUAGCCCGGAGCCUCCAUCACCCAGCCCGCCUUCUUCGCCACCUAGCCCGGAGCCUCCAUCACCCAGACCGCCGUCUCCGCAACCUAGCCCUGCGCCUCCAUCUCCCACCCCGCCUUCUCCGCCACCUAGCCCGGCGCCUCCAUCACCCAGCCCGCCUUCUUCGCCACCUAGCCCGGAGCCUCCAUCACCCAGCCCGCCGUCUCCGCAACCUAGCCCUGCGCCUCCAUCUCCCACCCCGCCGUCUCCGCCAUCUAGCCCGGAGCCUCCAUCACCCAGCCCGCCUUCUCCGCCACCUAGCCCGGAGCCUCCAUCACCCAGCCCGCCUUCUCCGCCACCUAGCCCGGAGCCUCCAUCACCCAGCCCGCCUUCUCCAACACCUAGCCCGGAGCCUCCGUCUCCCAGCCCGCUAUCCCCACCACCUAGCCCGGAGCCACCAUCACCCAGCCCGCCUUCUCCAACACCUAGCCCGGAGCCACCAUCACCCAGCCCGCCUUCUCCACCACCUAGCCCGGAGCCUCCAUCACCUAGCCUGCCAUCUCCACCUCCUAGCCCGGAGCCUCCAUCACCCAGCCCGCCAUCUCCACCACCUAGCCCGGAGCCUCCAUCACCCAGCCCGCCAUCUCCACCACCUAGCCCGGAGCCUCCAUCACCCAGCCCGCCAUCUCCACCACCUAGCCCGGAGCCACCAUCACCCAGCCCGCCUUCUCCAACACCUAGCCCGGAGCCACCAUCACCCAGCCCGCCUUCUCCAACACCUAGCCCGGAGCCACCAUCACCCAGCCCGCCUUCUCCACCACCUAGCCCGGAGCCUCCAUCACCUAGCCUGCCAUCUCCACCUCCUAGCCCGGAGCCUCCAUCACCCAGCCCGCCAUCUCCACCACCUAGCCCGGAGCCUCCAUCACCCAGCCCGCCAUCUCCACCACCUAGCCCGGAGCCUCCAUCACCCAGCCCGCCAUCUCCACCACCUAGCCCGGAGCCACCAUCACCCAGCCCGCCUUCUCCAACACCUAGCCCGGAGCCUCCGUCUCCCAGCCCGCUAUCCCCACCACCUAGCCCGGAGCCACCAUCACCCAGCCCGCCUUCUCCACCACCUAGCCCGGAGCCACCAUCACCCAGCCCGCCUUCUCCACCACCUAGCCCGGAGCCUCCAUCACCCAGCCCGCCAUCUCCGCCUCCUAGCCCGGAGCCUCCAUCACCCAGCCCGCCUUCUCCGCCACCUAGCCCGGAGCCUCCGUCACCCAGCCCGCCAUCGCCACCACCUAGCCCGGCGCCUCUAUCGCCCAGCCCGCCAUCUCCGCCACCUAGCCCGGCGCCUCCAUCACCCAACCCGCCCUCGCCACCACCUAGCCCGGCGCCCCCGGCGCCACCGUCACCCAGCCCACCCCUCCCAGCACCUCCGCAGCAAGUGCCACCUCAAAGUCCUUCGCUUCCUGCACCACCUAGGUCUCCACCGCUCCCACCCACUCAACCGCCAUACCCGAGGCCACCUCCCGCACCACCGCCAGCCAUCAUGCCCUGGCUUCAAUUGAAGGCAUCAUGGGCAUUCUAUGGUUCAGACACCACGAUCGCUGACUUGGACAUUUUCGUCGCGUGGACACUCAACACGACAGACUACUACAUCACGUACAACCAGACAAGCGUUCGCGGGGGCUCCUACGAAGGCGACAACAGGUUUCUUAACACAAACUAUGAAAGCGUUGCAUGGAAGCGGAUUUCAAAGCCCCCGGACGCUGCGGAGUAUCGUGUGUGCCUCAAAUGGUACCCCCCUUCACGCGGCCCCACGUACACUGUGAUCCUUACGGCUAACGUGGGUGGAUACGUCACAACGGUUCAAGAGGCGCUGCUAGGCACAGCUGUGGGGCGUUAUGACUGGAAGUGCUCACCAGCAACAAAGGGUUACAUCGGCAGCUUUGUGUAUCCUCCCGGCUUCGCACCGUAAGAGCCAUCAUAUCCGGGCUGCUCCCUUGGUAUCCGUAUAACUGUCAGCCGGGAUUACCGGUAGCUGCAACUGUCGACAAUAUUGUUCUUAGAGGCCCCCUUACAAUGCACGGUGCUCUCCUACUAAGAUGCCUAGCGCCUUACACAUGCUGUACAGUACGCUACAUGACAGGAACAUUAUAGAAGCAACCAGCCGUUUGGUAUUUUACCGGCUGUUCCUCUCGUAGUGCGGAUGAGGGCCGCAAUGGUAUGGGACUUUCCUUCAUGUCAAUUUAUGGUGGAGCUAACUGGGGCAACCGUCAAGGCAGUUGCCGUACAGGCACGCUUAAUGCUGUUUAAUUGCCGUACAGUAUCAAUUAAGGUUAUGGUUCUGUCUGCACUUACGGCCAUGUGCGUCCUGUAAAGUCGUAGUCUGUAGGCAGCAGCACACGUGUUUUUGGGGUCUGCUGCAAUUAUAGCACACGGGUGCAGCUAGGAGGUGUGGUGCUGGAAUGAGCGCAUAAUGUUAAACUGAAAAUCUAUUUUUAUUUCGUUGGGGUCGCCAACGGUCAUACCGGAUGCCCAAGUGCGCAGCAUUGGAAGGGUGUAGAUAGCAGACUGUGCCAAGCAUGAUUGCAUUAUUUCAUGUGAGUCUGUACUUUGCUACGAGCUACGGGGGAUCCCGGGAAUGGGUGGAUAUUUGUGUUGAGGCUAACUAACAAUGCUGGGGAGUUCGUCCUUUUAUACUUCACCUGAUUGUGGCGCAGGGACGCACCUUUACCCAUUGCGGAAUAAGUGUGGCGGCGUAUAAAUCCUUACGUAGCCCUGACUAAUAACAUGGCGUCGUGCUUUUUAAAAGUUAAACAGUACGAGACAAUUUAAACGGCUGUAUGUGCCUAUGGUUCCAAUGAUGUCGUACGGCCUAGAUACAUGGUCAUACAUGGCCAAAUUAGGGGCGGCAUUGUCCACGCCCUCGUAGGCCGUUAUUGUUUGUUCUUGCUGCAACUAGAUAGCCAGCAAAGGUUCUGAAACUGCUGUUGCAUGCAAUCAAUGUGCUAUUUGCUGGUCGGACUGUGGCUUGUUUCAAUGCUGCGGGUCUGUAGCGGCCUGGAAAGGCGGUUUAUUAUCCCUUGUAGCAUGCACGGCUUCAUGGCGUUAUUACUGUCGUGCAUAGCGUCCUCCUUGCAUGCCGGCGAUCUUUGCUGGGGGUGCGCCUGAAUUGCUCAGUUGUGGAUGUGGGGGUGUUUCUCUUUGCAAGAAGAUGUGGGGUUCUGGGCUACGGCCCUGCUGAGGUGCCCACCGGCCAUAGUUGGGCUAGCAUGGUACUCAUGCAUUGGUACUGACGGAUGGACAUAUGACGCACGAUUCAGUUCUCGCGCCUUCACAUCCAACCCUGUGCAUGUAAUUUAUAAACCAGGGAAAGGCAC